AUGAUGUUUUUGCUGAUUACCAGUCUGCUGCAGGAGGUUCUUGCGGUCGCAGGUGUAGCCCUGGACCCCUGCUCUGCCUACAUCAGCCUGAAUGAACCCUGGAGGAACACGGACUACCACAUCAACCAGUCGUCCGGCGUGCCCCUGUGUGACAGCCACGUGUCUGGAGAAUGGUACCGCUUCACCGGCAUGGCCGGGGACGCCAUGCCCACCUUCUGCAUCUCUGAGAAUCACUGUGGCACCCAUGCUCCAAUCUGGCUCAACGGCAGCCACCCUCAGGCCCACGAGGGCAUCGUCACCCUGCCCGUCUGUGCCAGCUUCAAUGACAACUGCUGCCAGUGGAACGCCAGCGUAGAUGUGAAGGCCUGUAACGGAGGAUACUUUGUCUAUCGCCUGCCCAAACCCUCGGUCUGCUUCCAUGUUUACUGUGGCCAUUUUUAUGAUAUCUGUGAUGAGGUGGACUGUGCAGGUCCCAGAUGUCCUGAGUCUGACUGUCGCUGCGCACCUGGAACUGUCCUGGGACCGGACAGACAAACAUGUCUUGAUGUGAAUGAAUGUGAGAAGAGCAACGGCGGCUGUGCAGAGGUGUGUGUGAACACCAAAGGCUCCAGGCGCUGUGAAUGUGGGCCGGGCCGUGUGCUGGACCAGGACAGACACAACUGCAGAGAGAUAGCAGGCUGUCAUGUUAACAACGGAGGCUGCAGCCAUGGCUGCUCAUCACUGCUGGACUCCUAUGAGUGCAGCUGUCCGAGGGGGCUGGAGCUGGGAGAGGAUAAACGCACGUGUCAGGUGCCAGUCCAGUGUGAUUCCAGCUCAAUUAUUGUGUCAGUCCCGAAAGACCUUGUAGGAGGACUGGAGCUCUCCCUGACUAACUCUUCUUGUCGAGGUGUUUCCAAUGGCACACACAUCAACCUCAGCUUCAGCCUCAAGACCUGCGGUACAGUGGUGGAGGUGACAGAUGACAAGAUUGUGGGCACCAACCUGGUGACAGGCCUCCCAAGGAGCAGCCCAGGAAGCAGCAGGGACCUGAUAGUCCGCACCAGCAAGUUAGUGCUCCCUGUCACCUGCGAGUUCCCCAGGGAGUACCACGUGUCGGAUGAAUACCAGGCAAGCCUGCGGAGCUCAGCCCUCGAGCUGGCGGGCCACAGCGAGGGCGUCUUCCCCUUCUUCCUAGAGCUCUUCAAGAACGCGGAGUUCUCCGAGCCCUACCGCACCCCGCCCCAGCUCCGCCUGCACGACUCGCUGUUCUUCGGGGUGGAGCCAAAGGAGAGAGUGGAGGGCCUCUCUGCACUGGUGGAGAGCUGCUUCGCCACACCGGGGCCCAAAGCCGACCAGGCCCUCAAGUAUUUCCUCAUAAAAGACGGGUGUAUCUCUGAUGAAACUGUGACACAGUAUUCAUCAAAAGACCAGCUCUCUAAGCACUACCAGGUCCCUGUCUUCAAGUUCAUCGGCAAGGACAACCGACAAGUGUUCCUCCACUGCCAGGUGUUGGUAUGUGGGGCAGGAGACUCCCGCUGUGCUCAGCGUUGUCGAGGACGCGUCCGCCGAGAGGUUCGGACCGGUGAAGCCCGGGAGCAGCGCACGCUGAGCGGAGGCCCCAUCUUCAUCCUGCCUGAGCUGUGA